UUUGCUGGUCAGAAUCUGAAUGAUAAUGAGUGGCACACGGUGCGAGUGAGCAGGAGAGAAAAGAGUCUGAAGUUGUCUGUGGAUGAUUUGCCUACUGUGAAAGGAGAGAUACCAGAUGACCACACACAGCUGGAGUUUCAUAACAUAGAGACGGGGAUCAUUACAGAGAAACGCUACCUGCCCAUCACGCCCUCCAACUUCAUUGGGCAUCUCCAGAGCCUGACGUUUAAUAGCAAGCCAUACAUCGACCUCUGCGUAAAUGGAGACAUAGACUACUGCGAAGUCAACGCCAUGAUUGGAUUUAAGAACAUCAUUGCAGAUCCAGUGACCUUCAAGUCCUGCACAAGCUAUCUGUCUCUGAGCACACUGCAGGCGUACUACUCCAUGCACCUGUUCUUCCAGUUCAAAACCACCUCAUCAGACGGGCUCAUCCUGUUAUACAGUGGAGAUGGAAAUGACUUCAUGGCUGUAGAGCUGGUUAACGGUUACCUGCAUUACAUCUCAGAUCUGGGAAAUGGUGCUUAUCUCAUCAAAGGAAAUUCAAACAAACCUCUUAAUGACAACCAAUGGCACAAUAUCAUCAUCUCCAGAGACACAAAUAACCUACACACUGUCAAAAUCGACACCAAAAUCACUACCCAGAUCACCGUGGGUGCCAAAAAUCUUGACUUAAAAGGUGACCUUUACAUUGGUGGUGUUCCUGAGGAGAUAUACAAAGAGUUACCCAAGUUAGUUCAUGCAAAAGAAGGAUUUCAAGGCUGUCUGGCAUCUGUGGAUCUAAACAGCCAUUUGCCAGACCUGAUGUCCGAAGCGCUGGUCUGUGUUGGACAGAUUGAGAGAGGAUGUGAAGGGCCCAGCACUACCUGUCAGGAGCAUUCCUGUGCCAAUCAGGGGGUUUGUACUCAGCAGUGGGAAGGCUUCACCUGCGACUGCAGCAUGACCACAUACGGAGGACCUUUGUGUAAUGAUGCAGGCACCACAUAUAUUUUUGGGAGGGACGGUGGUCUGAUCACAUACACAUGGCCACCAAACGACCGGCCAAGCACACGAGCAGAUCGGCUGGCGCUGGGAUUCAGUACUCAUCUGAAAGAAGCUCUACUGGUGCGAGUGAACAGCUCCUCUGGGUUAGGUGACUAUCUCAAACUACACAUUGUAAAGGGCUACAUUGCAGCUAUAUUUAAUGUGGGCACAGAUGACAUCAACAUCGAGGAGAAAGCAAAGUUUGUAAAUGAUGGAAAGUACCAUAUAGUGAAGUUCACAAGAAGUGGCGGCAAUUCCACACUGCAGGUGGAUGAUCUACCUGUUAUUGAGCGCUACCCCACAGGCCGUCAGCUCACAAUCUUCAAUAGCCAGAUGACCAUCCAGAUCGGGGGCUGGGAAAGAGACCACAGCCGCACCUUCCAGGGCCAAAUGUCAGGUUUCUAUUACAAUGGCUUGAAGGUUUUUAACAUGGCUGUGGAAGGAGACCCCAACAUCCGCAUCGGAGGCAGCGUGAGGUUGGUUGGGGAGGUGCAGUCCUCCUCUAUAACACCACAAUCCAGUGCUACGGUUUCUCACUCUGAGACCUCUACCUCAAUCAUGGAGAUCACCACUACAACCACCUCCAACCACAAGAUCAAACCGACUACAGCAAGCGCACCUCAGCAGAAUACUGAUGACUUGUUGGUGGCAUCUGCCGAGUGCCCCAGCGAUGAUGAGGACAUAGACCCAUGCGAGCCAAGCUCAGCUAACCCUACAGGCCCAGUGGUGAAGAGCUAUCCUGGUCAGUCUGAGGUUUUCCAUGAGUCCAGCAGUACUACAGUCAUGGUGGUCGGCAUCGUGGCUGCUGCCGCACUUUGCAUUCUCAUUCUUCUCUAUGCCAUGUAUAAAUACCGCAACCGUGAUGAAGGAUCAUACCACGUGGAUGAGAGUUCCAACUACAUUUGCAAUUCAGCCCAGUCAAAUGGAACAAUCGUAAAAGAGAAACCAAUGGACGGUACCAGUACUGUCACCAAGUGCAAUAAAAUCAAAAACAAGGAGUAUUAUGUGUGAUUCUACUAUUCCUGGUCCUUACAGGACCAUGAUUCUCAUCCACAGUUCUCACAAAAGUCAACUAUAAGAACUACUCAUGUAAGAUAACUGAAACUCAGAGAUUGUGGAAUAGCAUUAAGUCAUCAUAUCUUUAACAGUGGUACAGCAGAAAUCUUCAAUAUUUAAUUCACGCACAAUUGUAAUGGAUGAAUGAACAGAAGGAUAGCCACUUGUGGAUGUUCAGAAAAUGUCCCUGAAGCAUCACUGAAGAAUGAGAGAACAAGAAAGGACAGAACAAGUCUCUCAGUGGUUUGACUUGAUAAUUCUUAUAGAGCUAAUAUGAAUUUGACAGUUGAUGGUAAAAGGGAAAAGAAGAUUAUUUUUGCCAAACAUGUGGCUGCAAAACAGUGGUUAUCUCAUUGGCUACGUUUACAUGCAACCAAAUAAUAUGUUUGUAACCAAAUAAUCUGAAUGGCUCUCCUUUCACUCAGCAACUGUGAAGUGGAGCAGGACAACCUCCCACCAGUCCUUGUUUUGGAUUCUCAUCCACAGGCAACCCGUUUUGGGCACGGGGAGGGGCAUUUUUACUUUGUGAUAAAUAUGAGCAGCACAGUGGUUUAUAUGUAUAUUUAUGCAUAAAUGGAUAAAUAUUAAUUCUGCUGUUAAAAACAAAUAGAGAAACCGUGUAGGAGAGUUGUCAUUAUGUGCAAACAGUGAGAAACUCUAUAUUUGUGCAGUAUGCGCAUAUAAAAUAAAAUCAAUUCUGAUUUGAAGCUUGUGACAUAUAAACGCGCACAUCAAGCCGAUGACUUUAUUUAGCGUUCAUUUAAACACUACAUUCAGAUUCAUAGAUCGGAAUGAAUUCAGUCCGAUUGAACCAAAAAUUGUACAUGUAAACAUAGCCAGUGAUUAUGGAUUCAGAGUCUUAUUUAAUAAGUUUCUAUACAGUAAAACCACAACUGUUCGAUUUUUGGACUGUCACAAAUUUGUUUUAUAACCUGUUGCAUUGAGAAUGCAAACUUUAUCUACUCCUUCUCAGAACAGAGCACAAAAUAAUUUCUGUUAUAGAAUUUACAGAUAACAUCAACAAUGCCAUUUGUUAUUUGCAAUGUUUUAUUUUUUCCAUCUUGUUACCUGCAAAUGGUUUUCUGCAAAUUAUUGUUUAGUUGUUUCUUAACUUUUUGACUAUGUGUGUCCACAUGCAUGGCCCAUGUUUUAGAAGGUACUCUGAAAGGCACACAAAAGACAGAGCCUUCCAAAGACGUAUCACGACCAAUAAACUCACAAACCUAAACUCCCAAGAGAUGGAUCUCAGCCUGCUGUGACAGAUGGGAUGAAUCCAUGUUCAAUUGUGCUUAAACACCCUCAGAAUGCACUCAUGAAUCAAAUUCAUUCACUCAUUUUUGUCUUAAGAGUGUCUGUCAGUGUGUCUGCAACAUUUCCUGCUUUUAGAACAAGGGACAGUGAAACUGAGUUUGAGGUGAACACAGGAACCGUUAUAAAUUCAUUUGACUGUAUUACUUUUUUGUUUAUACAGUAUUUUAUUUCUGAGACUUUCAAAUUGUAUGUAUUAAAAUAGUUUUGAAACAUUAAUCAAGCAAAUAAAAUAUUACCCAGAAUGAAUC